GGCCACUCGCACUGGUCUUCUGAGAGGCGAGUGCCUGAUAAGGAACAACAGAUCUCAUCACCCAGAGAUCCUCCGUAUAUCUAUACUCAUCCGCCCCCGCCUCCCUACCACUCCAUCCACCACGCCAUGUCCCACAGAGGAGAGUCCAUGGUCAUGCCCCAAAGGCGCUACGACCCGUACUCCAAAUCCCACGACCUCAGCCACCCGUCCCCGCCGCCGAUCGCAACGCUGACCAACUCGCCCUCGCUCUCGACCUCCUCGCUCGACCGCUCAGCUGUGUCCUCCCCCGCGCCCAACGGCCACCACCACUCCCAGUCGACGUACGGCGCCCCGUACUACUCGCACAGCAUCAAGCAGUCCCCGAAGCCGUACUACGCCUCCGCCCACCCCCCGCCCAUGGACAACGCGGCCCCGCCCCCCAAAACUACACCUACUCCUCGCAAAGUCCCGCAGGGCUACGGCGGCGGCGCGCUCCCCGGCGUGUCCCACAUCGCGCCGGGCACCAUGCGCAACGGCUACGCGCCCGCGCACCAGCUGCCCAGCCAGAGCGACUACGGCAUCAUCCUCACCGACGACGCCGCCACCAAGCUGAGCGACCGCGUCCGCCGCCGCUGCUUCAACUGCUGCACCACCGACACCUCCACCUGGCGCCGGUCCACGCUCAACCCCGGCAAAGUGCUGUGCAACAAGUGCGGGCUCUUCGAGCGCACGCACUCGCGCCCGCGGCCCGACCAGUUCCCGCACAAGCGCGGGCACAUCACGUCCGCGCAGCGCGCGCGCACGCCGCCGCAGCAGCAGCAGCUCCCGCCGAUGGCGCCGCAGGGGCAGCAGCCCCCGCCGCACAGCUACUCGCACCCGUCGAUCGCGCCGCUCUUCGCGCGCGCGGAGUGGCGCGCGCCGCCGCCGCAGCAGAAGGGCGAGGCGCCGCCCGCGCGCCUGCGCCCCGUGUCGCCCACGCCGCCGUCGUCGCGCUCCGAGAGCCCGAGCCACGCCAAAAACGCGUUCUCCGAGCAGGCGCAUGAUCGACCGGCGUGA